UCGCUGUCUCUUUCUCUAUCUCUCUCUCUCCAACUCUCUCUGUCUCUGUUGUUAGGGUGAGUUCAUCUCCAUCCUCAGCGGACACUGACGUGUUCCUCUAGCAGUAUGACAAAGUAUCCCUCUUUUUCCUCCCCUUUCCUCCAGUCUCUAUCUCUCUUCGUCCAUUCCAGUCUUCCCCGUCCGCUUUCUCUCCACAUCGCAGUUUAUCAUCUCUCUGCACUGAAGCUCCCGCACCUGCUUCUCACCACUGCCCGCUAGACACCGACUCAACCAGCAUCCAGCCCCGGGAAUGAUACCCUUUCUCCCGGACACUACGGGAGUAGAGGCCAGUGGAUAGGUCUGCUUUUUGGUCUGUUUUAUAAGCUAUUUGUGGUUUAUCGGAAAGGUUGUGGGCUGAAGGCAUGUUAAGAGGGAUUACCUAUUGUUUUUAAGGGGUUCGCUUCGUUGCUCUGUUGUUCGAGGGAUAUGAUCAUCUCUACUUUUAUCCGGGAAGAGACUCAGCAAACGGUCCCGACCCGACGCGGACGUGACUAUGUUUUCAUAACCCUAAAGGGGAUGAAUUUGGAGAUUUAUGACAGUUUAUUGGAGAUAACAAGAAACAAAGUCCUCAUGUCAAAAUAAUGGUCUUAUGUGGUCAUUAAAAUUAUUUUGGAUAGUGAAAAUUGUCGCCGAACGUUCGAAUAAUGCUUGGGUGUGAUGGAGUGAGGUAAAGUGAGUGCACGGCUCAGAUGUUUAUCCCCUAACUUCGGCAAGAUGAAAUCGCUCUUCUACAGCCGCUUCUUCAUCCUCCUGCCCUGGGUCCUCAUCGUCAUCAUCAUGAUCCAUAUUGACACAAGGACGUCCGUCGGAAGUCCAUCCCUGGGCCGCGGAGUGGGUGCACAUAGGCAAGACAGAACUAGCCCACCCCGGGCCAACCGCUCCGCUCUCCCGGUAAUCUACGCCAUCACCCCGACCUACAACCGGCCAGUCCAGAAAGCUGAACUUACCCGGCUCGCUAACACCUUCCGCCAGGUUCCUCGCUUCCACUGGAUAGUAGUGGAGGACUCGAGUGUGCGCACGGAGCUGGUGGUGCGCUUUCUCGCCCACUCGGGGAUGCAGUACACACACCUGAACAUCUUUACGCCCCGCCGGUUCAAACGUACCGGGAUGCCCCGUGCUACUGAGCAGAGGAACACGGCUCUGUCGUGGCUGCGGUCGCAUCGCUCCAGCAAGGACGUGGGGAUAGUGUUCUUCGCGGAUGAUGACAACACAUACAGUCUGGAACUGUUUGAAGAGAUGCGUUCGACGCGGGGUGUGUCAGUGUGGCCGGUGGGGCUGGUCAGUGGGCGGAGGUACGAGCGCCCCAUAGUGGAGAAGGGCAAAGUGGUGGGCUGGUACACUGGCUGGAGGCCCGACCGCCCCUUCGCCAUCGACAUGGCAGGUUUUGCAGUGAACCUCCAAGUGGUCCUGGGGAGCCCACGGGCGUUGUUCAAGCGUAGGGGUUCCCAGCCUGGCAUGCAGGAGUCUGACUUCCUGAAACAGAUCACCAAGGUGGGGGAGCUGGAGCCCAAAGCCAACAACUGCACUAGGGUGUUGGUGUGGCACACUCGUACAGAGAAGGUGAAUCUGGGCAACGAGCCCAGACAUCGACAGGACAGUGUGGUUAUCGAGGUCUAAGGGGUGGGAUAACCAAGGAGGAAUAAGCAAGCUCAUUGGUCAGACAGACUGACAGUAAUUUCUUGAACUACACUACUGACAUCACCUUGCUUGACCAUAACCUUGAUAUGGAUUACACUAUGAUGGACAGGACUUUGGACCAAUUGCAUGGAUGGGAACUGCUGCCUGAAUGUUGUGAAUGGCUCAAUGAGAUCCCGGACCUCAAAGGGGACCAUAAUGCCCUGGGGUGACCAUUGCUUUCCCAGGGGACUCUGCUCUCGUACUGCAAUGUGGCCCAGUCCCUUAUAAAAAGUGACUUCCUAUGAAGUAUGCAGGCUAAACAAGACUGUCUGUCUACAUGUACGUGUGUAUGUAAACUCAGCAAAAAAAAAACAUCCCCUUUUCAGGACCCUGUCUUUCAAAGAUAAUUUGUAAAAAUCCAAAUAACUUCACAGAUCUUCAUUGUAAAGGGUUUAAACACUGUUUCCCAUGCUUGUUCAAUGAACCAUAAACAAUUUAUGAACAUGCACCUGCGGAACGAUCGUUAAGACACUAACAGCUUAGACGGUAGGCAAUUAAGGUCACAGUUAUGAAAACUUAGGACACUAAAGAGGCCUUUCUACUGACUCUGAAAAGCACAAAAAGAAAGAUGCCCAGGGUCCCUGCUCCUCUGCGUGAACGUGUCUUAGCCAUGCUGCAAGGAGGCAUGAUGACUGCAGAUGUGGCCAGGGCAAUAAAUUGCAAUGUCCGUACUGUGAGACGCCUAAGACAGCGCUACAGGGAGACAGGACGGACAGCUGAUCUUCCUCGCAGUGGCAGACCACAUCUAACAACACCUGCACAGGAUCGGUACAUCCGAACAUCACACCUGCGGGACAGGUACAGGAUGGCAACAACUGCCCGAGUUACACCAGGAACGCACAACCCCUCCAAUGCUCAGACUGUCCGCAAUAGGCUGAGGGGCUGGACUGAGGGCUUGUAGGCCUGUUGUAAGGUAGGUCCUCACCAGACAUCACCGGCAACGUCGUCUAUGGGCACAAAACCCACCGUCGCUGGACCAGACAAGACUGGCAAAAAGUGCUCUUCACUGACGAGUCACGAUUUUGUCUCACCAGGGGUGAUGGUCGGAUUUGCGUUUAUCGUCGAAGGAAUGAGCGUUACACCGAGGCCUGUACUCUGGAGCGAUUUGGAGGUGGAGCGUCCGUCGUGGUCUGGGGCGGUGUGUCACAGCAUCAUCGGACUGAGCUUUUUGUUAUUUGAGGCAAUCUCAACGCUGUGCAUUACAGGGAAGACAUCCUCCUCCCUCAUGUGGUACCUUUCCUGCAGGCUCAUCCUGACAUGACCCUCCAGCAUGACAAUGCCACCAGCCAUACUGCUCGUUCUGUGCGUGAUUUCCUGCAAGACAGGAAUGUCAGUGUUCUGCCAUGGCCAGCGAAGAGCCCGGAUCUCAAGCCCAUUGAGUACGUCUGGGACCUGUUGGAUCGGAGGGUGAGGGCUUGGGCCAUUCCCCCCAGAAAUGUUCGCGAACUUGCAGGUGCCUUGGUGGAAGAGUGGGUAACAUCUCACAGCAAGAACUGGCAAAUCUGGUGCAGUCCAUGAGGAGAUGCACUGCAGUACUUAAUGCAGCUGGUGGCCAAACCAGAUACUGACUUACUUUGAUUUUGACCUCCCCUUUGUUCAGGGACACAUUAUUCCAUUUUUAUUAGUCACAUGUCUGUGGAAGUUGUUCAGUUUGUCUCAUUUGUUGAAUCUUAUGUUCAUACAAAUAUUUACACGUUAAGUUUGCUGAAAAUAAACGCAGUUGAAAGUGAAAGGACGUUUCUUUUUUUGCUGAGUUUGUGUGUGCACCAGAUCAGUGAGUAUGAAACUGAACAAUGUGUGUGUAUGUCUGUAAAGACACACCAACAAGAACAUGGGCCGUGAUUAGUAGAUCACCUGCUGGGUGUCGACUAACGAUGGCCAUUCGACAUGCACAAUCGUCGGGAAAUGAACAGAAAAUAUCUUCCGAUGUUCUGUGGUCAGCGGCGACCGGACGGCCAACCCGCUACGCACGGCUAACAUUCCGGUUGGUUUUCUUGUCCUCAAGUGUCUGUGGGUCUGUGACACACUGGACCACAGAGACAAACUCCAGGAGUACAACUUUUAUUCCAAAUGACCCUCUAGUAAAAGCAGGAAAAAGAAAAGAAAAAACAACUUCACAAUAAAAGAGUCAUUGGACAAAAAUGGUCACAAUAGUUCAUGGCUAUUCACUGUUUAAUGCACGGAAAUAACAUUUCUCUCUGUACUAGGCACCAGAAAAUGUAAACACCACUAGAAAUAAACCUGGAGGACAUGCUGUGUGUAUGAA